UACACUGACUGUCCAUAUCAAUGGAACUCUUGAAAAAAUGAAAAAGAAAUUGAAGCAUUGCAUUUUCCAUUUAAGAGGAAGCAUUGCAUGAGAUUUUGAAUUUGAACAGAUUCUGAUACGUUUUUGAAUUUGACCUAAAUUCCUUUUUUUUUUUCCGCGGGAGCAUGGACGAUAAUAAUUCAGACGAAGAAUCUGACAACACCGCCACUAUGAGCACAAUUUCUCAGCACAAUUUCAUCAACAAUUCCGAAACCAUGUGCAUCUCCAUCGUUGAGAACAUGAGGGAGGAUUACGGCCUAUACGUCUGGCCUUGCGCUGUAAUUCUCGGCGAGUAUGUUUGGCAACAGAAGGAGCGAUUUUCAGGAGCUAACGUUGUUGAGCUUGGUGCUGGAACUUGCUUACCCGGUUUGGUUGCUGCAAAAGUUGGUGCCAAUGUCACUCUUACUGAUGACUCCAGCAGAUUAGAGGUGCUUGACAAUAUGAGAAGAGUUUGUAACUUGAAUAAACUUGAGUGCAAUGUGCUAGGACUGACGUGGGGAGUUUGGGAUUCAUCCAUAUUUGAUUUACGACCAACAAUUAUUCUAGGGGCUGAUGUGUUGUAUGACUCGAAUGCUUUUGAUGACCUCUUUGCAACUGUGACAUUCCUGCUCCGAAAUUCACCUGAAUCAACUUUUAUAACUUCAUAUCAUAAUAGAAGUGGACAUCACCUUAUUGAGUUUUUGAUGCGAAAAUGGGGUUUGAAGUGUGUCAAGCUUCUUGAUGGGUUUUCUAUCCUGCCAUCCUUCAAGGCUUCUCAGCUAAGUGGUAACAUCCAAUUGGCUGAGAUAGCUCUAAUAUCGAAAGAUAAUGCUUGAGUCCUUCCUAACUUCCUGCCCACCGUUGAUGCUACUCAUUUUGAUCAUAGACUUUGCAAAGGCUUUGUAGAAACUCUCUUGUGAGGCGGCAAACUUAGAAACCAAGCGCCUGGUGUUUGGGCUGUCAAGCAAAGCCUGAUCAGAAGAAAACAAGCCUUUUUGUUGGAGGAUCAACUUGUAAUAUGUAUUAUCAAAAUUUGUUGAAGAAGGGUCCAUCGUGGCGCCUGCAUUUUUUGCCUUAUUUUUCAACAGACAAGUUGAUUUUAGUUUUGCUGCAAACGAGGGAUUUAAUGAAGGGUCCACCUGAUGUGUAGCAUUAAAGUUUUGGAUUCUGUUCCGGAAAGAUGAGCAGUGAGAGAAACCUAAGGUAUGCCCUCCUACAUAUCGGUCAAAACACGUUACUUUUUAACUCCAUUCUGAUAUAAAUUAGAAAACAUGAAAAGUGGUGAAGUUUUGGUGGUUUAUAACUUGAGGAAUAGCUUACCUGACAGAGCUACCAAGUCUUGGACUGACAAUGCUCUUUGAGAGAAGCUUUUCUGCAGUUGUGAUAUGUUGAAUGUUGGUGCUGGUAGUUGUCUUGUUUCACUGGCCUUAGAUGUUCUUCCAUCCUUUCUUCCUUUAGGAACAUCCCAUUUAGGUCCUCCAGACUGUAGAAUAUAAUAGAUAUACCAUCAAUUUAAACUUACAAAUAGAAGUUCCCAUAUGUGAAAAACAAGAACAUAAUGUAAUCUCAAUGAAGAGAACAUUGGUUCAUGGUUUUGUUUUAUUACCAGAUAAACGGCAUCUCUUGCUGCGAGAGCAAGGAUAUCGGCACAAGAAACUACGCCAGGGCAUUUAGCUUCUAAUGCUUUCUUUGCAUUAUCAAUAACAUAGAAUGCAUGCAAGGAAAUGUUUGGUGGCCCGUCCUUUUCUGCUUUGUUCUUUCCUUUUGAGUUUAGCAGCACAGAGGCAUCACAUCCCUACAAAAGUAUCGAGAGAAAAGAAAGACCCGAUCAAAUGAAUAGUUAAAAUGUAUAAAUGACGAGGGGAAAAAAGGAAACAGAAAAUAAAAGCAAAAACAAUGUCAAGAAGAAAAGAGUUCGUUAUAGCAAUACUCGAACGAAGCAAUCAUGGAAGUGCAUUCGUAGAAGUGCUGCUGGAACAGUUUUGUCCUUAGCAGUGGCAUCCUUCACUGCCUUCAAAACAAUAAACUCCAGAUCAUGGCAUGUCUUUUCAUAAUAGUUUAAGCUCAGUGAUUUUCCUGUUGAAACCACUGAAAACAUGAUAAUUAAAUUCAAGAAUGUAGCCAUGAAAGCCAUGCUAACUAAGAGUACUUGAUUAUUGUUUAGAUUUUAGAUGUUGAAUUCAAAGAUGAGUUGAAUGGUUUUUAUAA